AAGUGUGGUUGUCCUUUUUUGAUAAAUAGCAUUUGUACAAGAGCGAGGGGAGAGAAGUAAUACUAGUUGACUGCGCCGUCAAAGAGAACCAGGGGGCCUACCGCGAAAACCGAAAUUCGCAAAUUGCGGGGAUCUUUCUCUUUUACUCUCACUAAGACGUAAUUAGAGUGACAAAGAAAAAUUCCCGCAAUUGACGAAUUUCGAUUUUCUCGGUAGCCGCCCAGGAGUUAAAUCUAUGUAUUAACCGGUACCAAACACGACUGGCACAUCACUAACCCAUUUGACAGUGACGUUCGGUUAACUAUUCAAUUUCUGAUUUCUGAACGUUAGUUUGUUUUGUUUCCCGAUUUUAUGAUUCUUGCGCUCUGCUUCUAUAGUUGCUUUUAACUGUUGGUAACGUCUAUUUCUUCAUUAGUAAUUUCCAAAAUGAGUCGCCGCAAACGUGUGAAGGUCGACAACCGGGAUUUGGAUGAUAAAUUGAAACAAGAUGAUUCUGAGUCUGAUCAAUCUGAAAAGAGUAAAAUCACGUCUAUUAGUCCAACUACUGUCAGCAGUAGAAGAGAGUCUACGUCAAGCCGCAAUACUGACGGGAAAGAAUCCAAGAAAGAUGAGAAAUCAACGAUUAUAUUGGACGAAACCAAAAGUGAAGACAUUGAGGAGGUUAAUUACAAGGAAAUGCUUAAUAGUUUGGAAGGAGCAGCAUUCCAAUCAAGGCUACCGUUUGACAAAAUGUCUUCAUUGGAAGCUGAGUGCUUCUCAGAUCUCCAGGGUGCCUGUAGCCAUGCAUUUGUUCAAAUCCGGAAUAGAAUUCUGAAGAUGUGGUUUGAAGACCCCAAGAAACAACUUAUUCAGGAACAUGCAGUUUCAAAAAUGGAACCCCCAUAUAAUGGAGACCCAGCUUUAAUAAUCAGGACACAUGCAUUUCUGGAGAGACAUGGUUUCAUAAACUACGGAAUCUAUGAGCGGCUUACAGCAAUACCAUCACCUCCCAAAGGAAAGCAGAGGCCUAAAGUCAUCAUUAUUGGAGCAGGUGUUUCCGGUUUGGCGGCCGCUCGUCAGCUUCAGUCGUUUGGCUGUGAGGUAGUCAUACUGGAGGGCAGAGACCGAGUCGGCGGCCGCGUGGUCACCUACAGGAAGGGACCUUAUGUUGCCGACUUGGGUGCCAUGGUUGUGACUGGCUUGGGCGGUAACCCAGUGACAACACUGUCAGUUCAGAUGAAUAUGGAACUACAUAAGAUCAAGCAAAAGUGUCCACUCUACGAAGCUACUGGCAAUCAAGUCCCCAAACAUAAAGAUGAAAUGGUUGAGCGCGAGUUUAACAGACUUCUUGAUGCUACAUCCUAUCUCUCCCAUCAAGUAGACUUUAACUACUACAAUGACACGCCGGUUUCACUCGGGCAAGCUCUUGAAUGGGUCAUCAAACUGCAGCAGAAGAACGUGAAACAUAAGCAGAUUCAACAACUGAAAGCGGUCAUCACUCUACAAGAGAAGCUAAAGGCUAAUAUAAAUAAGAUGUCUGACGUUCAAGAGUUACUCAAGUCAAUGAAGAUCGAAAAGGAAGCUUUGCUUGUAGAAAAAACAAAACUGGCCGCUGGGGACGCAAGCAUCUUGCAAGAGUUCAAUCUCCGCCGCCUCAACCGAGAGAUGAAGCAAUUGUGUAAUGAAUACGACUCACUGGUUACUCAAAAUCAGAGUAUUGAAGAUAAGUUGACACAGCUCGAGACCAAUCCCCCAAGCUCCGUCUACCUGUCGGUGAGAGACCGCCAGAUCCUGGACUGGCAUUUCGCGAACCUCGAGUUCGCGAACGCCACGCCGCUGGGCAACCUGUCGCUGAAGCACUGGGACCAGGACGAUGACUUCGAGUUCACCGGCAACCAUUUAACAGUUCGCAACGGUUACUCCUGUGUCCCGGUGGCUCUCUCCGAAGGCCUGGACAUCAGACUGGGCACCGCAGUCACCGACAUCCAGUACGGCGGCCCCGGGGUCACCGUCAAGGCGGUCAACCCCCGCAACCAGAGCCAACCGCAAGUGUUCAAGGGUGAUGUGGUUCUUUGCACUUUGCCUCUCGGAGUCUUGAAAGUAGCUGUGGCGAACAGCGGGCAAAACCAACAAAACUUCGUUAAUUUUGAUCCUCCAUUACCGGAUUGGAAGGUGGCUGCUAUCAAGCGUCUGGGCUAUGGAAACCUGAACAAAGUAGUGCUAUGCUUCGAAAGAACAUUUUGGGAUCCCAGCGCCAAUCUCUUUGGCCAUGUUGGCACUACGACAGCGAGCAGAGGCGAGCUGUUCCUCUUCUGGAACCUGUACAGUGCGCCGGUGCUGCUGGCGCUGGUGGCGGGCGAGGCAGCGGCCGUGAUGGAGAACGUGACGGAUGACGUCAUCGUCGGCCGCUGCAUCGCCGUGCUCAAGAGCAUCUUCGGCCACGCGGCCGUGCCGCAGCCCAAGGAAUGUGUGGUCACCAGAUGGCGGGCGGACCCGUACGCGCGGGGCUCGUACAGCUUUGUGGCGGUCGGUUCAUCGGGAACAGACUAUGAUUUGCUCGCUGCGCCGGUGCCCGGGGCUUCUCCGGGGGAGAAUAGGCUCUUCUUUGCUGGUGAACACACAAUGCGCAACUAUCCGGCUACGGUGCACGGCGCGUUUCUGUCCGGGCUGCGCGAGGCGGGCCGUCUAGCCGACCUACUGCUACCGCAACCGCCCAUAACCAACGCGAGCGUAGCUGCUGCCACUGCCGCCGCCAACCACUCCUGAUGCGCCAGAACUGAAGCCAUGGCGCGCGGAGCGGUUCUUCUGCUACAACCAUCAGUCACCAACGCAAACGUAGCUGGUGAUACCGUCGCAGCAAAGAAAUCCUGAAAAAAAAAACAUCGUGAGUUUCAUAAUAUCAAAUGACAACUGGUGCGGGGAUAAAGCUAUUUUGUUGCAAAUGAUAACGUUUUAUAUUUCACUACAAACUAAUAAAUAGCAACGUUUCGAACUAGUUGUCAUUCAUAGAAAAUUCAAGACUAGCUAGAGCAUUGUUUUAGUUUUAGACAGUAAAUUUAGUUUAAUUUUGUUUUGUUGUAAAGCUAACAAAAGUAGGUAUGUUUUGCUCUGUUAAGAACCAUCGUAUUUAAUUUGUAUUGUCUCAACUUAAGGUUCACAUAAAUAUGUACUUCUGGUACUCGAACAACAUUAGAUAAGUAGGUAUACGUUUUAGUAGUAUUAGAAAUGACUUAUUCCUUAAAAUGCCAUUUGGGCCAUAAUGGCUUGGAUUAUAAUUAUUGUUCUCAUGAACUUUGUAGUAAUGCAUUUUUAUUUAUUUAGUUCAGUGCUGCCGUGUAUUAACAACAUAUUCAGUUGUAAUGUAAUCUCUAGCAGAUAGAUAUUAAAAUAUAUUUAAUUAAUACAGCGAUGACAAAAUGCAGCCAAACUGUGUACUGUAGUGCAACGUGCAACUUUUCUGUAAUAUAGCAUUUUUAAUUCAAUAAGAAAAUUUAUAAUAAGAUUGGCAACUAGAUACUAAAAUAAUGAAAUGUAAUAAUAGUCUCCCCAGUAUGCCUUAAUAAAACACCAAUUGCUAAUUAAUCGUACAAUCAUUCAUUCCAUAUUUUCUACACAUUGGAACGGCGGAGUAGUUGGAACGCCAACGGCUGAUCAGAAGAAUGUAAUUGACAACCGUUUUCACAAUUGAAGCACUUAACACAUUGACCAAAAUUAUUCAACUACGGGUAAAUGCGUUUAUAAUACCCAAUCACAAAGUAAUGCCAAUCUAUUACUUAAACUAAUUAUUCGUUUUUUAAUCUGCUAAUGUUGUUUUUGCUGAUAGCAGACCAAAUUAAUCCGAUAGUAAUCCCGUUAGUGUUAUGUUGAUUUAUCAUUUAUGUUAAAACAGAUAUGAUAUUCGUAAAAUGGUUAAUAUUGUCUUUUAACAUAUUUAAUUUUAUUUCUUUGACGUAAGCUUAUCCGCCACUAUAAUACCGGUGCUUAAAACUGACGUUAAUACAUUAUGACAACCGCACUGCCCGUGGAAUUAACUAAACAUUAAGUAGUUUUAAAUAUUAAAUAAGUGUUUUUCAUUUUUCAUAUGUCGUGUCAUUGUGUGUAUUUUCAUCAAUAAAAAAACUUUAAAAUAA